GCUCUGUUUCUAGGGACACGCCGGAGCCCAACCAUGGAUACCGAUUCAGGGGACCUCAGUGAAGGGGAGCUCUCACCAGGUCCUGAGCCAUUUAGCUCAAAGAGCUUUGCUGUUCAAGCCCAGAAGAAGAUCCUGAGUAAGAUGGCAACAAAGACCAUGGCCAACAUGCUUAUCGAUGACACAAGCAGUGAAAUAUUUGAUGAGCUCUUUAAAGUAACCAAGGAAUAUGUAAAGAACAAGAAAGAGGCCCACAAGGUUCUGAAGGACCUUGUAAAGGUUGCUGUAAAAGUUGGCAUUCUGUACAGAAAUAACCAGUUCAGUGCAGAAGAACUAAAAAUUGUUGAAAAAUUUAGGAAAAAACUGAAUCAGGCCUGCAUGACUGCCAUUAGUUUCUAUGAAGUUGAGUACACCUUUGAUAAAAAUGUGCUUUCGGGACUACUCCAUGAAUGUAAAACUCUCCUUCAUGAAUUGGUGCAGCGCCACCUCACACCGAAAUCCCACAGUCGCAUCGACAGGGUUUUUAAUCAUUUUGCUGACGUGGAAUUCCUUACUGCCCUCUAUAGCCUUGAAGGAAAUUACAGGCCGUACCUCAAAAGGAUUUGUGCAGGAGUCAAUAAAUUACUCGAUGAAAGGGUUCUUUAAACCGUUGCCUUCUUGAACGUGUUUAUAAUACUGAUAAGUGGCAACUGUAUUUUAAUGGCCUUCUCAUUCCAGGUGGCCAGAUAACAGUACAGCACAAGUCUGUAUAGGGCACCGUGUUUGCUUUCUUGUCAGAGGAUUGGAAUCUGUUAUCAUUACACAUACACUGAAUGGGCCUUCAUUGCUAUUAUGAAUACAACAAAAGUAUACCUUCAGCAAGAGCAGAUCAACAAAUACCUGUAAGCAACUUCAGUGAACUAGUGGCUCCAGCAGAAAAGAACUGUAAGCAUACAGAAACAGGGGGCCACAAGGAAAGCUUUAUUCUUCAAAAGCUUCUUGUACUGGUUAUAUUAGAAUGCUGUUUCUUAUGAAGUACUUUGUAUUUUCAUUUAGUACUUAUACACCAUGUUCAAGCUUUCCAGCAUACGCAAAGAACUGAAUGGCAGUGACUGCAUUAUCACAAGGGAGCAUCCCGGACAUACAGAAUGUUUCAUUGUGCCAACACCUUUUUCUUCUAGGUUACCUUAUCAUCCAAGGGAACAUCACACUCCUCCUAUACACAGUAAUUGAUUAAGCCUUGUUUGUUCUUAGUUUUAUAGAAUAUUUAUUUGUUGGGCAACAUUGUGGCAAUGCAAUUUUUGUUCGGGUUUACAUAGAAGAUGAGCAGAAUUGUAUUAAAUGUAAGGCUAAAAAGUGGAUGGGGGGUUCACAAUUAAAACAUAGGAGCAUUA